CACAAAAAAAUCAUGGCGAGCACAGCUGUUUCACGGAUAAAGAGCGAGCUGGAGGAACUCCUACGCAGCGAGAAGAUCGAGCCGUGUCCCAUAAAAAUCGAACGUGUCAACGACAGCUGGACAGAUCUGAGGGGCGAGAUAAGCGGCCCCCCCAACACACCGUACGAGGGGGGGAAGUUUACACUGGAAAUAAAAGUGCCCGAGGAAUAUCCGUACAGUCCACCGAAGAUUCGUUUCAUGACGCUCGUUUGGCACCCGAACGUUUCGUUUGUGACUGGCACCAUUUGCCCGGACAUACUCGAGGAGAAGUGGGCAGCGGCGAUGACGCUGCGCACGGCGAUGCUGUCUCUGCAGGCCUUGUUGGCCGCUGCCCAGCCGGAUCCACGGAGCUCCUUGGUGGCAUACCAGUUCAGGAACCAGCACGAUCUGUUUCUGCGCACCGCCAAGCACUGGACCCAUGCCUACGCCGGCGGUCCGCACACCUUUCCCGAGUUCGACUCAAAAAUCCAGCUUCUCGUCGAAAAGGGCUACGCCGAGGAUGAUGCGCGCAGCGUGCUCUCGAGUGAGAACUGGAACUUGGACAAGGCAACGGAGUGCCUGGUCAGUUAGCUUUUUAAGGCCACAGUAGUACCCGCAAGAAUCAACAACAACGCUAACAGCUUCCGAAAAUACCACUAAAUUGGAACAACAUUUUAGAUUAUCCACCAGAUGUAACGCGAACAGAUACUGAUAGAGGAGACUAGAUAAAUUCAUUGUACCCCACUCGCACCCAAAAUUCUAUAUGCAGUACGUGCAUUAUUUGGUAUCAAAUUAAAUGCGAAAACCUUUCGUUUCUCUUA